GGAGCGGCGCGAGCCCAGGCGGAGCGCGUCCCCGCCCCAGGCUUCUGCAGGUGUUUCGGGACCUCAGAGACACAGGCUCAGAGCCUGACAGCCCUGGGAGGGGAGAGCCUGAUUGGCCCAGGCUUGCAGGGUCGCCGCAGGUGCCCACGCUCAGGUGCACCCUCAGCAAUGCACCGCAAGAGACUGGCCUUGAGCCUGGGGUUGUGCCUGUUGGCAGGCGCAAGCCUCUGGGUCCUGUGGGUGUCCGUUGAAACCUGGCUGCCGGUCUCCUACAUCCCCUACUACCUCCCCUGCCCAGAGAUCUUCAACAUGAAGCUGCAGUACAAGGGACAGAAGCCAUUCCAGCCAGUGGCACAGUCACAGUACCCUCAGCCCAAGCUCCUGCUGGAACACAGCCCCACAGAGCUGCUGACACUCACACCUUGGCUGGCGCCCAUCGUGUCCGAGGGGACCUUCAACCCGGAGCUUCUGCAGCACAUCUACCAGCCGCUGAACCUGACCAUUGGGGUCACGGUGUUCGCCGUGGGGAAGUACACUUGCUUCGUCCAACACUUCCUGGAGUCAGCUGAGAAGUUCUUCAUGCGUGGCUACCGGGUGUACUACUACAUCUUCACCCACGACCCUGCAGCCAUCCCCAGGGUCUCGCUGGGCCCCGGCCGGCUCCUCAGCAUCAUCCCCAUCCAGGGAAACUCCCACUGGGAGGAAAUCUCCGUGCGGCGCAUGGAGACCAUCAGCCGGCACAUUGCCAGGAGGGCGCACCGGGAGGUGGACUACCUCUUCUGCCUCGAUGUGGACAUGGUGUUCCGGAACCCGUGGGGCCCUGAGACCUUGGGGGACCUGGUGGCUGCCAUUCACCCAGGCUACUACGCUGUACCCCGCCAGCAGUUCCCCUACGAGCGCAGGCCUCUUUCCACUGCCUUUGUGGCAGACAGCGAGGGGGACUUCUAUUAUGGUGGGGCGGUCUUCGGAGGGCAGGUGGCCAGGGUAUACGAGUUUACCAGGGGCUGCCACAUGGCCAUCCUGGCGGACAAGGCCAAUGGCAUCAUGGCAGCCUGGCAGGAGGAGAGCCACCUGAAUCGCCGCUUCAUCUCGCACAAGCCGUCCAAGGUGCUGUCCCCUGAGUACCUGUGGGAUGACAGGAAGCCCCAGCCGCCCAGCCUGAAGCUGAUCCGCUUGUCUACCCUGGACAAGGACACCAGCUGGCUGAGGAGCUGACAGUGGAGCCAGGCUACCGGGGACGGGGACCCGCAGCCCUGCGGCCACUUUCUCAGUGCUUCAGUCUGCCAAGCCUUCCUCGCAGACAGGCCCUGUCCUACCCACUCAGUCUGUCAGGUGGACCCGACGGAAAAUGGGUGUGGAAAGGCCACUGUACACUGUAAAGGGCGGCGCAUGCACAAGGAAAUCACAGUGAUGUGGCAUAAAAACAGACAGGAGGGGAGACUGGAGGUUCCCAGGGCAGGCCCGGGCAGGCCUUGCGCAUCCUGCCAGCAUGCCUUCGCGGGGUGGGCUCUGCAGUCGCAGCCCAUCCAAAGUGGUGCACGCCCUUUUGUUGCCUAGUGCCCUUAAAGUUGCACUUGUAACACCUGGUGUGUAGGCACCCCAGGCCCCUUUUCUCUGGCUGCAGGGGCUCAGGUACUGUGCUAUCCCCCAGUGUUCCUCACUCAGGACCCCUGAGCCAGCCUUUGAAAUGAGCUGGUCCAGACUCCUCUGGUUCCCUGCACACCAAGGUGAGCCAUGCUCUCCAGGACGAGCCGCCUCCUUUGUAAGAGGGUUUGGAGCAGUUUUUGAAUAAAGGUGGCG